AUGGCUGCUGUAAAGAGAAAAGCUCCUGAAAGGAAAGAAUCAGACAAGGCUGAACCAGAAAAUAAAAGAUCAAAGAAAGUACAAGAAAGUCCAGAAGUAACAUCAGGUUGUACAUACCCAGGAUGCAAAGGUGAAGGUCAUAUCACAUCAAAGUUUACCAGACACAGAACAAUUUCAACAUGUCCAUUAGCAGCAAAGAAAAGAAAGCAAGAAGAGGAACCAGACACUCCCUCUCCACCUAACAAAAAAACUACCAACAAGAAGACAAAGAAAGAUGUCGAAACACUAAAAGAUAAAGUUUCUCCCAAAGAGGGUCGUAAAAUCAAGAAAGAAGAAUCUCCUGAACUUAAAUCUGAACCAACGUCCAAGAGAAAGAAACCAGAUGCCAAAGCGAAGGAACCAGAAGUCAAACUUGAAAUUGACAUCAAAUAUGAAAUUCAACCAAUCACUGAGGAUAAUUUAGAUGAUGAUGAGAAAUGUUUUCGUGAUGCUGAAAGAGGAUUACGUAGUUUAUCUGGAGAUUUUAGUGAAGACUUGCCAUUAUCUAAAACAAAAACUUCCUACACUGCAGAAACUGAAGUGUUUGAGUGUACGUCUGCCAAUGAAAAGACACCAGACGAUAAAUCACAGGAAGUCCAAAGUGAUAAAACUCCCAAACAUGGAAUUGUGGAAAAAAUUAAAGAAGAGCUAUCUGAUACUGAGGAAGUGGAUGCUUCUGAAAUUCAGGUUGUCCCAGUUGCUCCUAUAGCUUCAAUUGAAACACUUCCUGAGCCUGAAGAAACUCCAAAAGUUUUACAGACUGAAACAAAAGAUUCCCCUGAAAUUCAAAGUGCUCCUAUUUUGUUAAAGGAAGUUCCAAAGGAACACAAUGUUUGUGAGACAGAAGUCAAAAAGACUUCAGACAUUUCAACUGAAAGUGAAGACAUUUUUCAAAAAAUCCAAGAACAGUGUGACAUUAUACAAUCACAGGAUGAAAAACACAAGAGUGAAAAGAAUGAAGUUGUUUCCAAAUCUUCAGACUUCAAAUCAAGCAAACCCAUAGAACUCAAUCAAGACAUGGUUACAAUAGAUAAAAUUAAAAAGGAACCUAAGAUUGAAGUCAUUGAUGCCGAAGACACCCCGAAAAUUCUUGAAAAAGCAAUCUCUAUUAAAGAUGAAGAAGAAAGUGAUGAAGAUAUUGAUGAUGAGGAUGAGAAGAAAGAAUUAAGUGAUGUUGAUGAUGAAGCUAUGCCUGAAGGAACCAAAGUAGAAGGUGUUGAUGCUGAGUUUACUGUUGUUGCUGAAUGGAGUGGAAGUGCUAAUCUUCAAAAGGCAUUAGCCAACCCACCAACUACAUCAAGUGGAGAAAAUAGUAAUGAUAGUAAUAGUGGUAAAGAUAUCCAAUUUGAAUAUAGGAAAUGUCCUACACCUGGAUGUGAUGGAUCUGGUCAUGCUACAGGUCUUUACUCUCAUCAUAGAAGUAUUUCUGGUUGCCCCAAACGAGAAGAAUUACCUACAGAAGGACAUGAUCUGCUGUCUGAUCAAUUUGUGAAAUGUCCGACGCCUGGUUGUAAUGGUAGAGGCCAUGUAAACAGUAAUAGAACAUCACAUAGAAGUAUAUCUGGAUGUCCUAUAGCAGCUAUGGGUAAAUUUAUAACAACUCAAAACCAGAAGAAAUCAGGUCUGCACCUAGUGGUCAUUCCAAAGAGCGAUAAUCCAAACACCGCCGUAUUGGCAGCAUGUAAUGAAGCUCAGUUAAUCAAGAUGGCAGCCAAGGAAUGUACCACUGGAACUGACAGAAUUCUACGACCAAUGAUUCUAACUAAACAACUGGAGUUACAAAGUAUCAAUUCACCAUCAGUUGUCUCACAGUCCACACCCAGAAAUAAUCUUGCCAAAGAACUAGAGAAAUAUAACAGACCAGCAGAAGUCAGUGUACCUACACCAGCUCCAAAACUCAUCAAACCAAAACGUGAUAUCAGUGGUCCAGACCGGCCAAACAUACUUAGCAAACGACCACAUUUUAGACCACAACCUAAAUCACCCAACACAUCAGUCAUCCUCAACGUACAGAAGACACCUACUAUCUCACAACAGUUAGCAUUGAAUAUUGGGAAGCAGACGACAAGUAUGAACCUGUCAGAUGUGAACAGAAUUCCACAAGCAUCAACUCUUACAGAAACACAACCCACUUGUGCCAGUGCCAUUCUUUCCAGUUUGCCUACUCCUUUGAAUAUUCCACAACCUGCAGUAACAAAAGUGACAUUAUCUGCAAACAAAGCAAACAUUUUAAAUCCUGUGAGACCCAAGUUUGAACCCCCAAAUACAGACAAUGGCAUUUCUACAAUACCCCUGCCUGCUUCACCCACCUCACUUAAGACACCCCUCACCCCUUCUCGCCAAAAGGAGAUAAAGGAAUUAGUGCAAUGUCCAACUGUUGGGUGCGAUGGAUCUGGUCAUGUAACAGGAAAUUACUCUUCUCAUCGCAGCUUAUCUGGAUGCCCUUUAGCUGACAGGGCAAUGGUACAAGCAAAUCAAAUUGAGCAGAAAUGUCCGACUAUUGGCUGUGAUGGAAGUGGUCACAUAACUGGAAAUUACUCAUCACAUCGUAGUCUGUCUGGAUGUCCACGUGCAGCUAAAAUUAAAAGACCAAGCACUAAGGAAGGGUAUGAGAAAAAGGAAUUUGAUGAAUUUGGUUGUCCUGUGCCAGGGUGUGAUGGAAUCGGACAUAUAACUGGCAAAUAUUUAUCACAUAGAAGUGCCUCUGGCUGUCCUCUAGCCAACAGACAGAAAUUACAAAGAUAUAUAGGUAGUACUGGUAUUGAAAAUCAGGAUCCUGCUCUUAUUAAAGCCAUGAAACUUGAUGGAUUUGCCUGCCCUACUCCAGGUUGUGAUGGUGCAGGUCAUAUCAAUGGUAGUUUUUUAACCCAUAGAAGUUUAUCAGGGUGUCCUAAAGCUACAUUUGCCAUGAAGAAAGCUAAGAUAACUCCUAAUGAACUUGCUGCUCUUCAGUUGAAAGUAGAAAAUGGGGAAGAUCUAGAAUCGGAAUUUGUUAAGUUGGAGGAAGAUAUACAAGUGAUAAAGAAGGCCAAUAUAGUUCGUGAGCAAGAAACAAUUAAAUUACGAGCAGAUGUAUCCUGUUUAGAAACGCGUAUUCAACUUUGUCAACAAGAGAAUGUGUCCUUGUUGACGCAGAAACAAGGUCUCAAUCACACUUUAAAUACUCUCAAAACCAAAAUUUUUACUUGUCUUCAAAAAGUUAAUCUUCCUCAAUUGGACGUCCCUUUUGAUUUUGAGAACUUAGAAGCUUAUGUCUGUAAGAUUCAGAAUUUGUGUACUAGGAAUGCUGAUAAUGAAGAUAAUGCCUUAUUUAAUGUGCUAAAGAAUGCUUUAAGUGAAAUUGAAGUUGCCUAA